AUGCUCCUCCUCGCUGCGGCCCCGCUCGCCGUACGGCACGCCGGCCCCGACUUCUCUACGUUCCUCGACCACGCGACCGGAACUUGGCGAGGUGCAGUCUUUCGGCACUCACCGGCAGGGUCCGGGCCGCCUCGGGCGACACAGAGCGUUCACCACGUGUCAGAGGUGAUGCGAGCGUGCGGCGGCGCGGUGCAAGGCGUCAGCGAGUGCGGAGGCCUUGGUGAGGACGACCUGUAUCUGAACCGUGCGGCCGGCGGCGCCACCUUCUUUUCCUUCGGCUCGUGGGCGCUCGUGAGCGGCGGCUGUGACGGCGGCUGCGUCCACCUCUGCCUGUGCCAGGACGAGUCGCGCCACCGCAUCGACAUCCGCCUCGAGGAAGGCGAGCUGCACAGCGUCAGCGUGGCGGUGGAGGGCCGCCGCGCCACUCCGCCGCUCGCGACGCAGCUGCUUUCCGGCCAAGAGGCCGUGGCGUCGGCCGAGUCGUUGGGCGGGGCGUGGGACGACCUCAUACUGACGGGCGUGCCUCCUGGCAGCGGAGCGGGCUGGGCGAGCCAGCGGGCGGUCUGGGACCUCUGCUCGUCCGCCGCGGCGGAGGAGGAGACCCGAGGGGCCUCGUGCAAGUCGAUCGGCCACCUGCUCUCGCCGGACGGGUCCAUCCGCCGCGUCGCCUUCCGGAAGCGGCAGCGGCAGCCCUCCCGCCUGCCCAGCUUGCAGUGCAAGUAUGGCGAGAUCGCCACCGACGCGGCAGAGCCCGCUGCCGCUGCGGCCCUCGACGCCGGCGGCAAAGCCUAUUGGCUGGUCCACGAGCCCGGGACGCCGCUCGAGGCGCUCCCCGCCGCCGCCGCCGCCACCGCCGCCGCCCUUCCCCGCGGGCGCGCGCUGCUGCUGACGCUGCCGCAGGAGCUGUCGCCGCGCCGCGCGCACAGCGACGCCGCGCCGCGCGUCGGCACGCGGCUGCUUCCUGGACCUCUCCUAGACCUUUCCGAGACCUUUCCGAGACCUUUCCGAGACCUUUCCUCAGGCGUCGGCACGCGGCUGCUGCUCGAGGACGAGCGGGUGGCGAUCUGGGAGUUCCGGCUGACGCCGGGCGAGGCGUGCGCGUACCACACGCUAGAUGCGGGAGGCGGGGCCGUCUGUAUACGGACGAGUGCUGUACUCGAGAGGACACGUGCCCCAUCGUGUCCAGCUGCAUGCAGCGGCACUCGCUGCACUCGUGGCCCGUUCGAUCACAACGCAGGGACACAACGCAGGUACCACACGCACACGCGGCCGUACGCCUUUGUCAACCUGGAGGCGAGCCUAACGCAGGCCCUCGCGCCCGACGGCGGGGCGGUGGGCGAGCCGGCCUACCAGGAGGAGGGGCAGGUGACUUUUGUGGCCCACGACCAGCUCAGCAGCCACGGCGUCCGCAACGUUGGUGAGCAGACGUUUGUGCAGUUUGUGGUGGAGUUUAAGUGAAACAGGUUUUGUUUAUGUGU